GAAAGAAUAAAGAAGAUGUUCAAAAAGGUUGAUCUCUCUGUUUCAUCAUAUGACACUGCUUGGGUGGCAAUGGUCCCUUCUCCAAAUUCUUCAAAGGACCCUUUUUUCCCUGAAUGUGUAAAUUGGUUGUUGGCAAAUCAACUCCAUGAUGGCUCAUGGGGUCCAAAGUUUCAUCCCUUGUUAAUCAAAGAUGCUCUCUUAUCUACCUUAGCAUGUAUCCUUGCACUAAAGCGGUGGAGUGUUGGCGAAGAACAAAUUAACAAGGGGCUACGUUUUAUUGAAUCAAAUUUAGCUUCAGCUACCGAUGAAGAGCAACAAUCUCCUGUUGGAUUUAAUAUAAUAUUUCCUGCCAUGAUUGAAUCUGCAAUGAAUUUCGAUAUGUAUCUUCCCCUAGGAGCACCAACCCUAGAUGCUUUAUUUCACAGAAGAGACUUUGAGCUUAAAAGAGGCUAUGGAAGCAACUCAGAGGGGUGGAGAACCUUCUUAGCAUAUAUUUCAGAAGGACUUGGCUCACAGGAUUGGGAGUUGGUCAUGAAGUACCAAAAGAAGAACGGGUCCUUGUUUAAUUCGCCAUCAACCACAGCUGCUGCUUUUACUCAACUUAAGAAUGCUGAUUGUCUUAAGUACCUACGUGCACUCUUAGAGAAGUGUGGCAAUGCAGUUCCAACGGUUUAUCCUCUGGAUAACUAUGCUCGUCUUUCUAUGGUUGCCAGUCUUGAAAGUUUGGGUAUUGAUCGACAUUUCAGGGAGGAAAUAAGAAGUGUACUGGAUGAAACAUACAGAUGCUGGCAGCAGGGGGAGGAAGAUAUAUUUUCAGAUGCUGCCACCUGUGCAAUGGCAUUUCGACUCUUACGUGUUCAUGGAUAUGAUAUUUCUGCAGAUCCAUUAAUAAGUCAAUUUUCAGAAGAUCGUUUCUUCAAUUCCCUUGGGGGGUAUAUGAAGGACAUUAGUGCUGCCUUAGAAUUUUUUAAGGCUUCAGAAAUCAUCAUACAUCCAGAUGAAUCGGUUCUUGAGAAACAAAAUAACUGGAUGAGUCAUUUCCUGAAACAGGAGUUAUCCAAUACUUUAACUCAGGCUCGUAGACUCAAUAAGCAUAUUGGCCUGGAGGUGGAUGAUGCUCUUAAGUUUCCUUUCUACGCAAGUUUGGGCCGGUUAUCAAGCAGGAGAGCAAUAAAAUCUUACAACACAGAGAGUACAAGAAUUUUAAAAUCAUCUUAUAGUUGUUUGAAUAUUGGAAAUGAAGAUUUUCUAAAACUGGCAGUGGAAGACUUCAACAUUUGCCAGUCUAUACACCAUAAAGAGCUCAACCAUCUUGCAAGGUGGGUUGUGGAGAACAGAUUAGACAAGCUAAAGUUUUCUAGGCAGAAACAGGCCUGCUGUUACUUCUCUGCUGCUGCAAACCUUUUCCCUCCUGAACUAUCAGAUGCCCGCAUGUCAUGGGCCAAAAAUGGAGUGCUUACAACUGUGGUUGAUGAUUUCACUGACGUUGGAGGUUCUGAAGAAGAGCUGGUAAACCUUAUACAAUUGAUCGAGAAGUGGGAUGUGAAUGUGAGCGUUGAUUGUUGUUCCGAGCAUGUUGAAAUUAUAUUUUCAGCACUUAAGAACACAAUUAAUGAGAUUGGAGUCAAGGCAUUCGUACGACAAGGACGCAGUGUGACAAGUGACAUAAUUGAGACUUGGUUGGAUUUGCUCAAGUCUGGGCUGAAGGAAGCUGAGUGGUUGAGAAACAAGUCGGUGCCAACGAUGGAGGAGUAUAUGACAAAUGGAUAUAUAUCAAUUGGCAUUGGACAAAUUGUCCUUCCAGCUCUCUAUUUUGUUGGGCAUGAGCUUUCAGAGGAGGUUGUAGGAAGUUCCGAAUUGCAUGAGCAGUAUAGACUCAUGAGCACCUGUGGACGUCUUCUGAAUGAUAUCCAAGGCUUCAAGAGGGAUUCUGCUGAAGGGAAGCUAAAUGCUCUAUCGUUGACCAUGAUUCAUGCGAACGGUGUCGUUACUGAAGAAGAGGCCAUCAAUGAGAUAAAUAGUAUUAUAAAAAGUAAGAGGGGAGAGCUGCUACGAUUAGUUUUACAGGAGACGGGUAGCAUAGUACCAAGGGCUUGCAAGGAUUUGGUUUGGAACAUGAGCAAAGUGCUGCACUUUUUUUAUGCCAAAGAUGAUGGAUUCAGUGCACAUGAGAUGAUGCAAAGUGUAAGUGCAGUAACUGAGGAACCCAUCAUUCUCAGUGAAUUGUAA